AAAAGGAUAAAGACCUACCAGCAGAUCUUUAUCCUUUGUCUAGUUUUUCUGGUGAGUUGUGGAGGAGUAAGUGGAAAUUAUUUAUUUCCAAAUAAAUCUUGGAAUUGUGAUCGUAGUUCCCCCUGGAAACCCCUUCAAAAACAUCUCCCUUAAAGCGUUCCCACAUAAAUCAUUAGGUAAUACACCUAGAUCCUUAGCCUGUCUUUUAAAAUUGUUGCCUAAAUCCGAGCCAAGUUUUCUUGUUUUACAAAAUUCCAAAAGAUCUGUUGAAAUAAAGAAAAGCUCUCCGUAAAAUGCCCUACCACGAUCGGACGAAGGCCCGCCUGGAGAACGAGGUAUCCACCCUGCGCCACGAAGUGGUUGCGCUGCGCUCCAAGCAGAAGCAACGCCGCCAAGAGCAAAUGGAUCAGGCAGUGCUACAGGCACGUCUUGAGCAGGAAAUCCAUGAGCUACAGACCGAAGUGGAGACACUGCGGCUCAAGCGCAAGAUGCGCGAAAGUGGCGGAACGGAGCACAACAAGCUGAACCAGCAUAUACAGAAGCUAGAUGAGCAUGUGACCAAGCAGGAGCAUUACAUCAAAUUCCUUGAAGAGCAGAUAAAUCGCACACGCACCAAGUACCAGCAGCGAAUGACCAAUGUCCACCAGAGCGCCGAUCAGUUGGAGGAGAAGCUGAAGAAGGUGCGCCACGAGAUGCGCAACAUCAAGGAGCAGGCUGGUGAGGUGGAUCAGCUAAACAAACGCGUGACCUGCCUCAGUGCCAAGCUAGAGCGAAGGGACAAGAUCAUAGCCCACUAUGAGGCCCAGCAUGCGGACUUUAUGAAGGUUAUUGCGGAUCUGGAGAAGCAGGUGGAGCGACAGGCUGGUGGAGAUGGGGGUGACGGAAAGGAGCCUAAGUUGACCUACGGCAGCGAGCUAAACAGUGAGGAUGUCAAAAGUGAAGUGAAGUCUCCUUCCCCAGUUUGUGAUCCUCCCAAAUCAAAGCCAGGAUCCUACUUUGCCAGCUUGGCAACGGCGCUGAGAAUGAAAUUUGAUGAUGCUUAAAGAUAACAAAUUGCUUUUGAUAAGGAAUCUUAAAGAUACAACUUUUACAUCUCUUCAGAUCUACCUUCCAAAUUGAUUAAUAUAGUGUGAAUUGUAUAAUUGAUUAGUGAUCAUAAAUUGUAAUGAGCAUUUUAUAAAUUUAUUGUAAAAAAAGUAAACUAAACCUCAAGUUUCUUAUGUAAAA